GGCAACAGUGGUGCUCCGUGGGAGUAGCAGAGCUGUAACCGCCUUUUUAUGUUCGUAUUAUGGGUUUGUUCGGACGCCAUACCGGUCAUACUGUUGAACCUUUGUCAGACUCCAUAUACAUUUAGGAGCGUCCAAGGACGAAUCAGGGAGAAGCACCUUCGGCAUCAGCUCAUACUGAAAACCGAGCGCGGUCAGAAAUAUUGGGACGGGAAUCAAGUCCAGCUCGUCUCCCGGCAACGGGAGAGCUCAUCGGCGGGUCGGGAUGUCUUCCAAGGAACGUCUGAAAUUCGGCAAGGAGGACAGCGUUACGCUUCUGCCAUGUUUUUAUUUUGUAGAGCUCCCGAUUCUAGCCCUGUCUAUCAUCAGUCUGUACUUCCUGGAGUUGACAGAUAUUUUCCAACCAGUACUUUCUGGGUACAGCUGCAACGACAAAAGUCUGUCUCUACCCUACAUCAUACCCCAACAUGAAGUUUGUCCUCUGCCUCUGCUCUUCAGCUUGGUAUUUGCCAUUCCCACUGCAACUAUUCUCAUAGGAGAGGCUAUUGUAUUCUGCUAUCUAUCUAGGAGGUCAUCGGCAAUACAGAUUGAGACAAACAUCAAUGCCGCAGGCUGUAAUUUCAACUCCUACAUUCGCAGGGCUGUACGCUUCAUAGGUGUCCAUAUCUUCGGCUUGUGUGUGACAGCGCUGAUAACUGACAUUUUUCAGCUCUCCACUGGGCAGCACACACCUUACUGGCUGGAUGUUUGCAAACCCAAUUUAACACACAUGAACAUGUCAAGUUGUGAUGAAGCCUUUAUUUUGGAUGAUAUAUGUUCUGGACAAGACAUCAGCCUCAUCAUUGCUGGGAGGAAAUCUUUCCCCUCCCAGCAUGCUACCCUGGCUGCCUUUGGGGCUGUCUAUGUCUCAAUGUAUUUCAACACAGUGCUGACAGACUCAACCAAGCUGCUGAAGCCUCUUUUGGUGUUUUCUUUCAUCAUGUUGGCCAUCCUGGCUGGAUUAACCAGGAUCAUCCAAUUCCGAAACCACCCUGUUGAUGUCUACUGUGGAUGGAUGCUGGGGACGGCUAUUGCUAUCUAUCUGGGAAUAUAUGCAGUGGGAAGUUUCCAGUCUUGUGAAGCUAAACCAAGAAGGCGACGGCCCCCCCUCACCCUAAGAAAGUCUCCACCACCUUCUGUCCCGAGUGUCAGCCAAUCAGAAAUGAGCAACAGCCGCCAAGUGGGCCACCACAUGAUGACACCCAGUCAACCAGAACCAAUCAACACCAGGACCACUACCCGCACCUUCUCCCCUAAUCAGGCAGAACGGAUCCUCACACGAAGCUCCUCCUACCGGGAGCCCUCUCAGACAAAUCUAAAGAUAACCAAUGCUGAAGUGAAGAUGAUCCAUCCGCCCAGUCCUUUGAGGAAUUGUGAUAAAACAUUCAACAGCAGCACACUGCCAAGGUCCCAUGGUGGCUCAUCAUUGGAGGGUGGUCGGAUUCCUCGGCGUCAUGCCUCCAUCCAUACGUCAAUGGAUUCAGUGCGAUCCAAGCAACUCCUCAGUCAAUGGAAGAAUAAAAACGACAACAGGAAGCUGUCCCUGCAGGUGAUGGAUGGCAUAAGAACUGCUUCCUUAUCUCCUCAAAGAAACGUGGAGUUGCAUUACCCCAUGGAAGCGUCUGCUAUGGGUGUGACUACGGAGCUCCACAGUGGAACUUACAUGCCUUCGGUCUCUGGCCAGGAAGUCCACAUCCCUGCUCAGUAUAACAAAAUAGCUGCUGUCUGUGUUCCAAUAGUCAAUAAUCCUCUGGCCCAGAACGGAGGCACUGGUCUGGCUGGUGGACCCAGAAUGCCUAUUCAGUCCCGCCCUGGAUCUUCCCAGCUAGUACACAUUCCUGAGGAGGAAAAUUCUACUUGCAAGGAUCAGGAGAGUGAAUCAGAAGACAGCACUGUUGACAUGAUUGGCUUGGCAAAACAAAACUGGAUGAGAGUAGCAGAGAAGACGACCAUCCCUUGCCGACCACUCAGUGCAGGCGGUCAACCCAGACUCAUGCAGGUAAUGUCUUUCUCCAAACACCAAGGUUUGCUCAGCUCUCCUCGAUCAGAGGAUGGUGGCAGCGUUGUCAGUUGCACUGGAUCCUUCCGGUACAGAGCUCUUACGGACCAUGACCCGUCACCACCCGCCUCCACUACUGGUGCAACGGAGGUCGAAGGCAAAGGAUUGGAACGAACCGGCAGUAUCGUCCGUGUUGAAGCCCACCCAGAGUCAAGAGUAAAGAAGCCCUUGGUGAAACCACCAAGCACUGAUGGAAGUGGCUCUUGGCGAUGGAAUCCUGCAGAAAAACGUCCAUCGCUACGACAGGCAGCUUUUAACAUCAAUGAUUUACAAAGAAACACAGACAGCUGUGAUUCCCUGAAGGAUGGCGGGUCACUGGAUGGGCAGGAGAAUGAAACACUGACCAAAUUGGAAAGUAAAAGUGUUAGAGAAGGAGUUGCAUACACCGGUUACCCACAUGUCAUAUACCCACUACACCAGUCACAUCCAAAUAAACCCAACGCCUUUCAGGACCCCAACUCAACCAAACCUCUCUCUCCCAAUGCCGUAAUUGCUCCUCCUUUCCACCCCCACCCUCAGGCCAUCACCACCAUUAGAGUCACCCCUGUGGAAGGCACUGGUGCCAGCAGUGAUGGCAGCUCUGAAUGCCAAUCGGUCGCAUCUUCCAGCCGAGAGUCUACCUUGAGGAAAAAAAGUGUCACCAACAUUCACUGCACCCAAGAUGCGGAGCUCAUCUCUGAUCACCUUCUCUGUCAGAAAAGCAGCCUCUUUGACAGUGAAAGUGAAAACCUUCCUCCUUUUCAAGACAACCCCAUCAACCUCCCGAGGCAACUGCAAGGAAUGCAUGGUCGUCCAAGCCCACACCCUCCACCUACUUUACCUCGCCCCCUUAUGUACUCACCACCUCCACCUUCUGGGUUGGCCUUGACGACAAGCUCAUGUGAAGUUCAUGCAUCGAAACGUUAAACUGUUAAACUAAAACGUUAAACUCCACAAUACCAGGUGAGUUUUUCUUCUCUGACCAGUAUACACUUUCCUUUUUAUCAUUGUGUCACCCUGACUGGGCCAUACCCAUUAGCUAACUAUAACUAAUGGCUAUAUGAGUUGAAAUGCUCCUAUGUUACAAGAGAUAGAGAAUACUGUCAUCAUUCACUCUUUGAUGAGGCUAAACUUUUGCCAGUGUUCAGUGGAGAGUUAGGUGAGUUUUCUACACACCGGCUGAUUGGAAGGCCAUUCGAUGCAAGAAAUUGUGAGGGAAUUUCAAAUCUUCCCAUGCUAUAAUGAUACCUUUUAGAGAGCAGCACAAACUGGCUCAAACACGGACAGAAAAGGGACGGGGUCUUAUGCACAACUGUGCAAGAAGGAAAAUAUCUGAGAGUGUGCCGUUUAAGCCCCCUUAUAGGUUGUCAACCAAUGCCAUGUCCACACCAAUAAAAAUGGCUACUUUUCUAUGUGGUUUGGCCUCUCGUAGGUUUUGGAAAAAACAACUGGCCAGAGUUGAGAUUUUUUUUUAAACUCCAGCUUCACUGUAUUCACACUGACAUAUAAAAUGGAGCUUUUUGGUUUGUGUCGUAAGAAAUGUGUGACAUUAAGUCACAUUUUUAAAGCAACAGAACAUGAAGUUAUUGACUUAUGGGUAUUGGUUUUAUUUCGUGCACUCACGAGCGAUUAAAAAAACACUCAUAUUUCCUGGCCUCCAUGCAAGCUAGCACUGAUUUUAAAGCUAAUGUACACGUCAUUGUAAGUCUAAUAUCUCACUAUAUUAUGAUGGAGAAAUGUAUUACAAUGCACAUCCAAGUCAGCUGUGUUUGCUUUUCCUGGCUUUUGAUUGGACAAAAUGCACAUGACAGCCGGUGAAUGUGUCCUCUGGUGUGGACGGAUAUUUUUUAAUGCCAUGCAUGUUUUUGAAAAUAUCUGUGUUCAUGUGGACAUACCCUGAAUAAUACUUGUCAAACAGCAGCAGAGUUAGCAUCAACAGUGAAGAGACAACUUCAGGAUGUUGGACUUCAUGGUAGAAUUGCCAAGAAAAAGCCACAUUUCUGACCGCCAAUAAAAAGAGAAGACUGGAAGAAAGUGUUUUUUGUACAGAUAAAGUCCAGCAUUCGGAAUAUGCCUCUUCACCAAGGGUGGAGUUACCAUUAGGCAAACAGGCAAUUGCCUGGGUCCCCAAACGUCUCAUAAAAACUAAUUAUUUUUUUCUCCUUCAAUUUAAAGUACAUGUUACUGAUAUAAACAUAGCUAUGUAACUGACAGAUAACUAACAGAUUUCAUAAGCGCGAAAAAAGUGGCCGAAAUUACAUACUCACAUUUUGUAAAAAUGUAAAUAAGAAAAUAAGGAAUCUGCAGGGCCCCGAUGUUUGGGUUUGCCUUCCCCAAAUGACUAAAUACAGCCCUGCUCUUGACGCCUUCCCCAAAUGACUAAAUACAGCCCUGCUCUUCACUAGGGGUGUCACGAGACACUCACAAGACGAGACAAUACAUGAGAUUGGGUCUACGAGAUGAGAUUUUAACAUUACUUUUAAGAAAAGUACCGUACAAUGAAAAAAUAUAUGGCAAUACUGUAUAUUGCAAUCUACUAAUUUAAUUUCUACUACAUAACCUUGCAUUGCUCCUAACGAGGUUACACUCUUCUGCACUCUGUGUAUGCUACCAGCCCCGCCUCCACUCAGAGAGACAAAGAGACUGUAUGACUGGCAAAAGGGCUCACUCUGUUCAUGCCGCUAUUCUGUGGAACAAAUGCUGAAACCAUUGCACAGAGUGAACCUCUUCCUGCCUGUUUGGAGGCAAGAGAUGAGGAAAACAAACACGCAUGCACAUGGCAAUAUAUAUAAUUAUCCAAUUAAUUUUAAUUUAUUGUGUGAUUAAUUCAUUAUUUUUUUAUCAUCCCAGGUCUGGUGGCCUUGAGACAGUGUUUUUCUAAACAAGAAAAACUGUCCCGUUAUAUAUACUGUAUAUAUAUAUAUAUAUAUGUGAUAUCGGUAGACAUUGGUAAUGGGUUUUUUCCCUAUAAUGAAAACCGAUAUUAAAAAAAGGUUGUAUAGAUGGACAUUUUAAUGUUCACAUGGCCAGGAUAACACCACAGUUUUUUCACAUACAGAGUAAGCCCACCUUUGCGUUUUCCACAGGCUCUUGUAUUCCUGGCCGCUCUGACUGUACUGAAGUCGGCUAGUUCCUCACGUUAGCAUCCGGGACGCGAGCUGUUAGCCAUUCAGUGAAGCACAAAUGCACUCCAUAAAGGUCUUAACGCUCUUGUCAGCUCGUCGAUCUUGCUCUGUAGUGAAUUAAUGUUUCCCAUGAUAAGAGAAGGUACCAAAGGCUUGAAUCUCCACUUUCUUGCUAACCGCUCCGCUCCGCUCCGCUGCUGCCUUGAUAUCAGUGGAUAGACAGGUAAUCACACUGAUGCCGGACGCCACUCUCACGGCACGUAAAAAUGUGCUUAAAUAAACAAAUAGCUGCUUGAAAGGCAGCGACUUGUGGCGGCGGUCUUAAUUCCACGACAUACAGUACAAUAUACGAAGAAGCUGAGCCAACAAGCUGUGGUGAUUAACUACAGUGACUGCAGUGCAUCUCGUGGCUCUGCCCAGGACCAGGGACUGAGGUGUUUAUAACAGAGGAGAAAAGCAGAGGUCAGCAAAAACCACACAACAGUCAAGAGACACAGAACGUGACUGUACCCCCUGCCCCUUAGUGGAUGCCACCUGGCAGCCUACCUGGCUUGUCAGGCAACCUUUGGUCAAAGUCGGUAAGGAGGGAGAGGUCAUUGAUCAGAGAGGAGACCCAGGAGCGAUCCUCAGGGCCGUACUUCUAGCAGUCCACCAGGUACUGGAACCCCCUGCUCCUUCCUCUGACAUCCAAAAUAACCUUGACCGUGAAGGCGGGAUGGUUGUCGACCAGCCGAGGAGGAGCUGGAGGAGGAUUGAGCUCAGAAGAUGACACCAGUUUAAGGUGGGACGUGUGGAAAACAGGAUGUAUCCUGAGGGAAUUGGGAAGUUUGAGUCUCGUAGCCCAGGCGUUGACCAUCCGCUCCACCUCAUACGAGCCAACAAAUCUGGGAGCCAACUUUCUGGACUCCACUGCCAAAGGGAGGCCCCAGGAGGCCAGCCAAACCUUCUGGCAUGGCUGAUAGUUAGGGGCGGGGGUGUGAAGGCGAUUGGCAAGUCUCUGAUUACGAGCCGCGGCUGAGGGCUGCUCGAGUGUCCCGCCAGACACGGCGGGCACGACGCAGGUGACUAGUGACUGACAGAACUGAUGAUUCAGACGCCAAGGACGGGAAGGUGGGUGGUUGGAAACCGUAGGCAGCAUGAAAGGGUGACAGGCCGGUAGAAGAGCAGAUGAGGGAGUUGUGGCCGUAUUCUAUCCAUGGGAAUUCAACUGCUCAGAAGACGGGGUGCUGAUGGCAGACGCAACUGAUGGCCGCCUCCACAUCCUGGUUAACCCGCUCAGUCUGCCCAUUGGAUUUGGGGUGAUAGCCAGAGGUGAGACCUCUGGAACAGCCAUCUGGUGGAGGACAGUCCUUGCCUGCGUCUGCCACUCACUUCUCCACCUCUCAUUGAUGAGCACCAACAACACGGGCCAACCGGACGAUGGUUUCCACAGGACCCUCAACGAUUUAGAAGUACGUAAGAAAUUAAGCGCUGGGAGAGGAUGGCCUCCACUCCUGUGUCAGGAGCAUCUACAUUGACAACAAAAGGAAGAAGGGGGAACUAAGACAGGGGCAUAGGUAAAUAGAGACUUAAGUCUUAAAAAGGCAGAGUUGGCUUCAGAGUUCCUGACAAACAGAAGUUUGAUGGAUGUGAGCUUAAUCAGAGGUUCUGCAAUGUUACUGAAGUUGCGAACAAAUCGUCAGUAAGAAUUUGCAAAAUCCAGAAACCUACCUGUAAGAGUUUCCUAGAUGUAGGAGCCAGCCAGUCAGCCACAGCCUUGAUUUUGGCUGGGUCGGGUCUAAAUUGACCUCUCUCCACAAUGAAACCCAGGAACAGAACAGAAGAAGAGUGGAAGGAACACAUUUCGUCCUUGACAAAUAAACGAUUUUCUAAUAUCCGCUGGAGGACUAGACAGACGUGACGAGUGUGGGGCUGAGCAGACGUACAAAAAAUUAGGAUGUCGUUGAGAUAGACCAAAAAAAAAGGGCUAAUAAAGUCACGUCGGACAUUGUUUAUGGGGCACUGGAAAAAAGCGGACGCAUUCAUGAACCCAAAUUGCAUGACUAGAUACUCAAAGUGGCCGAGGGUGGUUUUGAAGGCUGUUUUUUCUGGCAAUGGCGUGGUGAAACGGAGAGAAGGUAGAGUCCAAGAGGGGAAGAGAAUAGCCUUCCUUGCAGUUACAUUAUUAAGCACACAGUAAUCAAUGCAUGGGCACAAUGUCUUUUUUCCCAACAAAAAAAAGCGCCCACACGGGAAGAAGUCAGCCGAAUGAGACCCACUGCUAAAGAGGAGGAAAUGUACUUUUCUAGUGCCUUGUGUUCCGGUUGGGAUGUGUUAACAAUCUACAAGAAGGGAGCAGGGACCCGGGAAGUAAAUCAAUCGUACAAUCAUAUGGGCGUUGUGGCGGCAGCGACAAAGCACAUUCUUUACUGAAGACCUCCCGGAGAUUGUGAUACUCGCUGGGAACAGGAGUGAGGUCUACAGGUUUGGACAUUGGUGAGGAAGGAACGCAAACAAGGGAACCCGCCGAGCAUAGGUAAUGCGCAUGGCAGAAGGAACUCCAAUUGGAAAUAAUAGGUUUCGGCCAGUCAAUCUGAGGAUUAUGUCUACAAAGCCAGGUAAGCCCAAGUACCACGGCAGCAGUGCGUGAAGGAAUAAUGAAAAAUGUAAUUUUCUCAUGAUGAUUACCAGAGAUCUUAAGUGAAAGAGCCAGGUGACGCUCAUCAAACCACUUGGAACUGUGGGAACUGAACUGUGGGAACCUUAUUUUUGGCAACAAAAAAUUCAUCAAAAAAACUGUCAUCAGCCCAGGGGUCCACUACAGUCUUAAUUGGUAACCCCACUCCUGCCCAGGACAGCAUACCUUCCGUCUGGAGGCAGCUUGCAGGGGGUUCGGAAGGAGAGAGUCCCAGGGAAAUGGGUGGAGCUGCUGGGGAGCGUUGGAUGUCUGAGCGGAUGGGACGGCUGGAGAUGAGAUGGCUGGCCUGUCCACAGUAGAGACACAGCCACAGCCGUGCUCGGCGAUUCCUUUCAGCUGAGCUCAGAUGACUCCAGUCAACUGAAGGCAACUGCCUCUGGUCUGUCCAGGAAGGGGCGAUCAGAGGAACAGCUCCCUCUGCAGGAUGACUUGCGUCCUCGUGGUCUUUAAGACGCUUUUCAAUCAACGCUACAGCAAUGAGGUCAUCCAGGUUCUUCGGGAGGUCAAACGGGAUCAUCUGAACUCUAAUGUGGUCCGACCAUCCCAGGAAAAGGACGUUGAGGAGUGCAGCGACAUUGCAGUCACUGUCAAUAGCAAGAGUGCGGAACUAUAAUCAGCUACUCAUGCCGCCCCUGCCGCAGCUUGAGGAGAGAACGAGCUGCCUCCCUGCCUGGAGGGUUGGUUUGAGAGACCUGCUAAAGGGCCUUAGAAAAGGUUGCAUAGGUGGAACACACUGUGGAAUGGCGACUCCACUCAGCGUUGGCCCAUCCUCCUGCUCGGUCCGUAAAGUGGGAUUAGCAAAGGCCACCCGAGCAUCCUCAGAGGGUAACGCUGAGGCUUGAAGAUCAAAGUGAAGUUCACAUUGGGUCAAAAAACGGGCGCACAUCGCCGGAAAAGCUCUGUGGUCUUAAUAAAGGUGAGAAUGCGGCAGCCAUGUUGGCUGGAGGUGGCGAAAGGGAGGCAUGGUCAGGCGGGGAAAGUGCACUCGUAAGCACAGCUGCUGGGGCAGCGUCUUGCUGCAGUGCAGACAGGUCGGCGUUGAACUGUGUGUUCAUGGUGUCUUGCUGUUCUAAAAAAACUCCUGAGGCCACUUCCCAAUCUAGUGAGCUGAUGCUCUUGCUGGGCGAGCCACUCCUCUUAAGCUCUGAGCGCCUACUCUGCUGGGUCCAUGUAUGUGGCUAGUUCGUUCUUUCACGGCUUGUUUGAAGGUUCGACCCAGCAUGCAGAGAAAAGGCCAGUGUGCUUCUUAAUAAUGUUUAUUUGACUCACAAAAAUCCUGCUGGCAAUUUAGGUCAAAGGUUGAGUAGGAAAGAGAAACUCAGAGGGCUGCAACGGUGCCGAGCGAAGCCAUGAGACGAAUGGGGAAAAAACAAAGGCAGCUUAGCGAAAGGCUUAGCAAACUUUAUAAAGUCCAAAAAUGAAGAAGUUGCAUGCAGGCAUGAGAGGUCAGGAAUGUGAGACACGACUCAAAAUGAGGAACAAAUUGGCAAGUGCAAACAACAGAAGCUGAGCCGAAGAGCUGUGGUGAUUAACUAGAGUGACUGCAGGUGUGUCUCGUGGCUCUGCCCACUACCAGGAACUGAGGUGUCUAUAACAGAGGAGAACUGCAGAGGUCAGCAAAAACCACACAACAGUCAAAAGACACAGAACAUGACAGAAACACCUUUUUGUAUUUUGAAUAGACCAUUACUAUUUGCACUUUUUGUCACAAAUUAGUAGUAUAUUUGGUGUGUACUUUUCAGAUUAUAUUAUUAUAAGCAACUAAUUGUCUCUCAUGGUAUGAUAUUGAGAACUUUGGCAAAGGUAUUGUCGCUGUUAUAAUAUAGGCCAAUAUUACAAACAUGAUAGCAAUAUUUAAUUUUGAGAAGUUAUAUUAUAAUAUCACACAAAAAGAAUACAUACUGUAUUUAAUAAUAUAUUCCUUUUUGCAGAUGCUUGAUACAUUGGAUGUUAAUACAAAAUGACAAUUCUAUUUACAUUUCCCAAUUUAAUUGGUUAUUUUAAUUGUAACUUUUGACAUUUGACUUACUUUUUUCUUUGAUGUGCACCAACUGCAGUGGAAACAAGUCGGUGUAGCUCCUGUUUGUGAAUGCUGUUUUAUGUAUUUGUGUCAUGAAUUUCCCCAUUUGGGGAUUAAUAAAGUAUCUACCUUUUUUAUUUUCA